AUGCCGGCGAUACGUCCGACCGCGGCCAUCCGCGCCGCCUGCGCCAUCAAAACCACCGCUCCCUCUGCGAGAGCCUUCUCUGUGUCGGCCCGCCGCGCUGGUGGUGGCUCCGACUUCGACCCCCCCACCGGCUGGCUCUGGGGCGUCAAGCCCGGCGAGAAGUACGAGAAGGAGGGUUGGGAGACGCCCUUCUACACCCUCUUCUGCGGAGGCAUCAUCGCCACUGGCGUUGUCCUUGCCUUCAAGCCUGACACUUCACUCGACACCUGGGCCCUUGAGGAGGCCAGACGGAGAUUAGAAAAGGAGGGUAUCCUGCCGGAUCCCGAGAAGUGA